GGUGCUUUACAGGGGCUUCCUGCUGAUAGCUUAGCUUUGAUCAAACGUCUUCUGACUGCAACAGCACUUACAGGAUGGCUGACACUGGAGCACCAGAAGAACCCAGAGACUGUUUGUACUACCUAGAAAAGGUGUCAAUACCUGAAGACUCCGAAGAUGAUUAUGAGUUUGAGGAGGUUCCUAUUGAUGACGAAUGGAGUCUAACAGAAGGAGAGGAGGAUUUGGGGGCUGUAAUUAAAGCGCUCUGUGAUCGCACCGAUGGUAUAGGAGCAGUGUCUGAGAGCAUCACCCCUGCCCAACAGCACAUAUGUCAAAUACCUGAGGUUGUGGAUGACUUUGUACGGAAUUUUCUGGUAAGAAUGGGAAUGCACGAAACCCUAGACUGUUUUCAGACAGAGUGGUACGAGAUGGUUUACAAAGGUCAGUUGAACACGGAACAGGUUGGGAUCGUGCCAGAUGCAUACACGCAGAACCAGCUCCUUGACAGCGAGCUCCAAAAUGUGCAGAGGGAACGUGAUGAUUACAGGGAGGCUGCUUUCAAAGCAGGUGAGGCGCUCGUGAGGCUGCGCAAGGAGCGGGACUUUCACCGCCUGCAUCACAAGCGCGUGGCCCAGGAAAAGAAUAGACUGAUAGAGGACCUUAAACGACUGAAGAAGCACUAUACCUCCUAUGAGCCGGCCAUGCGAAUGCUGACCAAUAAGUACCAGGCGGCUCUGAAGCAGAAAAUGCUGGUCAGUUUGGAAAGGGAUCGGGCUCUUGGGCAACUCCAGAGUCUGGAAGUCAGCCUUCGCAACACAGCAGCCAGAGAGGCAGGCCGCUUGUCAGCAGGGCUUCAUUCUGCUAGCAGGGAGGCUAGCCUGCUGCAGGGUCAGAGCAGGCUGAAGGGCAGUGCAGGGGGUGACACUGGAUCACAGGCUGAAGCCAAUGCCCCUUAUGAUUCGAGCAGAGACCCCACCAAGACCUCUCUUAGCAGGCAUCCAAAGGACUCUGAGUUCCCUGCUGAUACCCGCAUUGACCCACACCUUGCUCAGGUCAAGUUACUCCCUGCUGAUGGCUCCAAAAUUCUGUUGUUCCACCUGACCAGCUCUGUGAAGGCCCACUCCCUGCCUGUGAGCUGCCUGGCCCUACACCCACAGAAGCUGAUGGCAGCCUCCACCAGUGAUGACCAUCUGUGGAAGAUGUGGGGCCUGCCAGCAGGGGAAGAGCUAAUGACAGGGGAGGGGCACAGCGACUGGCUGUCUGGCUGCAGUUUUCACCCGGACGGCAGUCGGCUGGCCACCACCGGCGGGGAUGCCACGGUCAAGGUCUGGGACUUCUCCCUGGGCCGUUGUGUCCUGACCCUGGAGGGCCAUGGCCAUGCCACAUGGGGCUGUUCCUUCCACUUUUGUGGCGAUUUCCUGGCCUCCUGCUCCAUGGACAACACCUGCAAGGUCUGGGACCUGCACAGCCAGCGCUGCCGCAAUACACUGCGUGGCCACACAGACUCCGUCAACAGUGUCUGCUUCCUGCCGUUCUCCAACACGCUGCUCACAUGCUCUGCUGAUAAGACCCUGGCACUAUGGGAUGCCCGCACUGGCCUGCGGGCCCAGACCUUCUUUGGCCACCUGCACUCCUGUAACCAUGCAACCUUCAGCUCAGCAGGCAACGCUGUUGCUUCCUGUGACUCCUACGGGGAAGUGAAGCUGUGGGACAUCCGAAAGGCGACUGUUGUGGUAACUGUGUGUACAGGCCCUCACCCCAGCAACCAGGUGGCAUUCAACCCGUCGGGCUGGACACUUGCUGUUGCUAGUAAUGAUGGCUCAGUGAAGCUGGUGGAUCUGGCCUCUUCCCAGGUUACCAGUUUAAUGGGGCAUGAGGAUGGCGUGCAGAGUGUAAUUUUUGACCAUAAAGGGGAGUACUUACUGUCAGGUGGCUCAGAUGGAAUGAUUCACAUCUGGUCGUGAUUUUUUUUUAGUUUUUAUGAAUGUAUCAAAUUUGACUAAAUAUAGGGCUUUAACAAAUUAAUAAUCACAGAGCAUUAU